ACUACUCAUCACUGGCUUAGUGAACAAGACUUCAAAAUAACAUUCUUGUUGCUUGUCUUUCAGGCUAGUUUAAGAACAUCAGAUCUGACGUGGGAGAAGGUUAGAACACAAGUAGAUCACAUCAUCUGGCCAGAUGGCAAGAGAAUUGUGCUGUUAGCAGAGGGUCGCCUUGUCAAUCUCAGCUGUUCUAGUGUUCCUUCUUUUGUAGUUUCCAUUACGUCAACAACUCAGGCUAUAGCUUUAAUUGAACUUUACAAGGCCCCACCAGGGAGAUAUAAACAUGAUGUCUACCUUCUGCCAAAGAAGAUGGAUGAAUAUGUAGCAAUGUUGCACUUGCCAACAUUUGAUGGCCAUUUGACUGACCUCACAGAAGAACAAGCUAAGUAUCUUGGAGUGAACAAAAAUGGACCAUUCAAGCCGAAUUACUACAGAUACUAAUGGCGAGGGACUGGACUUCUCUGUAGCCAUGGAUAAAUGCUUGUAAAUUCUGUGAACAUUUUUAAAAAUUGCUAUUUAUGAAAUAAAGCAGUAUUUUGCCACA